CAGGGGAUGGAAGUAUUGAGAAACCACCCGGUCAGCUGAUUGCUAAAGAGAUGUGUUGAUGUGGUGUUUCUAGCACGUUUAAAGGAAGCAGCGCAGCUCUGCUGACACUGAGCACUGAACGCCUUCAAAGCAACAGCAGGGGAAAGUCUGUGCUGCAGAAAUCUCUACAACAAUCCUGUUCUUUAAGGCAAAAUGGAGUUUACGUAUAAUUACGAUGAAGAUUAUAACUAUACAGACGAAGGCAAUGACACUCCAACAGAGCCAGUUUUUCAGCACAAACCGAUGUGUUUAAAGGAGCCCUUGUGUCUGACUUUACUGGUGGUCAGUGUGGUCAUAUUCCUGCUGGGCUUCUGUGGAAAUGCUUUGGUCAUCUGGAUUUCUGGCUUCAAGAUGAAAAAGACGGUCAACACCACCUGGUACCUGAGCCUUGCGAUCUCUGACUUCGUCUUCUGCGCCUUCCUCCCGUUCAGCAUCACCAACAUGGCGAUGGAAGAGUGGAUAUUCGGGCGCUUCAUGUGCAAGUUCACCUCCGCGGUUAUGUUCCUCAACAUGUUCAGCAGUAUCUUCCUCUUGGUCGUCAUCAGUGUCGACCGUUGUGUGUCAGUCGUGUUUCCAGUUUGGGCCCAGAACCAUCGCACUAUUAAAAAAGCGUACAUUAUUGUGGUCCUGGCUUGGCUUGUUGCUAUCUCACUGAGCAUUCCAUCUGUGAUCUUUCGGGAUGUUCAAAGUCACCUGGGUAGAAACAUUUGCUACAACAAUUAUUCAUUACACCACAACAGUCACGGCAUAGUUGCAGUGAGUCGCCUCAUUGCAGGUUUUAUUGUCCCUUUCAUCGUCAUCAUCUUCUGCUACUCCAUCAUCAUCCUCAAACUUCGAACCAACAGGAUGACCAAGAACUCCAAACCUUUCAAAGUCAUGACUGCACUCGUCCUUGCUUUCUUCAUCUGCUGGCUGCCCUACCACGUCUUUGUCCUCCUUGAGCUGAACCACCAAAACUACGAUCACACCAUUUUAUACACCGGACUCAAAAUAGGCACUUCUAUGGCAGCAGCGAAUAGCUUCCUCAACCCAGUGUUGUAUGUUUUCAUGGGCAACGACUUCAAGCAGAAGUUCAAGAACUCUGUGCUCUCAAAGAUGGAAAACGCGAUGGCAGACGAAGGACGCACCACCAGCCGAUACCUUUCCAGGUCCAGCUCCAUGGACAACAGAGCUUCUACACACAUCUAGAGGUGUCACAUUCCUCAAACUCAGCGCACUCAUUUGACGGCAAACAUACUGCUUUUAAAAUAUGCAAAUAAGUGACACAAGAUAUGAUAGAUGUGAGUGUGAAAACACACUCAUGAAUCAAGUGUAUAUUCACAGUACAAAUGAGAUUUUUUUGUUGCACUUUUCUGCAUACAGAAAGCUGUUGCUAAUUUAGGCUCACAAACACAAAAUAUUUUUGAUGAACAUGCAAGCUUGAACCUAUAUCUAAACAUGUAUUUAGCUCAUUUUACAUUGCAGAGUACGUGACAUCACUCAUUCAGCUGUAGUGUGAGCAGUCAGAGCAGUAUUUCUAUGCAAAAGAUUAUAACUGUAAAUAUUGUUGUAAAAUAUGACAACUGUAAUAUAUGAGAUAUAAAGAGAUAUAAAAAUGUAUAAUCAUUAUAUCAAGCAUGUAAUUAUAUGGAGUGAGGCUCUUUACAGCACCAUGUUUCACAAAUGUUUGUUGCAAAUUACAGAUACAUUCACAAGUCUUGCAUUGUCAAAUAUUGCAUUAGUUCUGAAACACAUCAAAACUGAACAAAAGAGAAUUUUGGGUUGCAAAUUACACGCUGGGCUCCAGGAUUAUUUGAAAUGAAUGUUGUAGAGUUUUUACUUUCUCCCUGAACCUCUGAACUGAAAAAACACGAGGCCACACAACUGGAAAUAACCAGAUGAAAAUGAAACAUGCAUUUCUUUCUCACAUGAAAACCAAACUGUCCCACACCUUAAAAAAACGGAUGUUCUGUGGGUUUUUUACAUGCCACAACUAUUUCUGUGUUGCAGCAUUUGUGUGUUGUAUCAGACUGACCUGAAUGUGUGAAUGGGUGGAGGACUGCUGUGCAAUAAGUUCUGAGAAGUAGAAAAAUAGCUGCAGUCCUUCAUACUAUAAUCUGUUUAUUGUGUGAGAUAAUUGUAUCUCUCUAACAACUCAGCAUAGUUACCCUAGAUAAUGUUAGUUGAAUGUACUUAAAUAUAUUUUUUAUUAUGUAUAAGAGCUGUACAGCAAAGGUUUGUGCAAUAAAUGUUUGAAUGUUUUUUCUCCAUAUUUUCUGAAAUAAAGCUGUAACUAUUAAAAUCAUUAA